AUGGAAGAUAGGACAAGAGAUAAAAAUAACCGCGAAAAUAUUGCAUUGCGUUACGUCAAGGGUGAUGUCGUCAAUGAGUUGUUGCUGAUGGUUAAGACUACUGAAAACCUUGAUGCAGCCACUUUCACGGAAUUAACGUUAAAUACCCUUACGGAAAAUAACAUUGACACCUCUUGUAUGCUUAAUCAAUGCUAUGAUGGCGCAAGAUGUAGCACUGCAGUGUACGAAUCUACGUUUUCAACUUUAACUGCAAUCAAUAGGCCUCAAAGGCUGUCAAUGGGUCACGAGAGAAUAGCUGGUAUAUUAUUUCUGGCCCUUGAAAAGAAAAGAACAAAAUCAGUUGAUCUGAACGAAGUUCUUCGCAUUUUUAAUAACAUGGCAAAUCGUAGAAUUCAACUGUUUUAA